UUAACAUGAUACAUGAAAGCAAAAAACAAUUCAUCCCUUCUCUCCAGCUCCUUCCAUAGAUCACAUCAGCCUCCUGCAAACUUCAAACCCUACUCUUACAAGAAAUCAUGAAAGCCCUUCUCCACUUCAUCGUCGGUUUCCUCAUCCUCUCUCCUUCCCUCGGCGAGCUCUGCAACACAGAAGACAAAAAAGUCCUCCUCAAGAUCAAGAAAGCCCUACACAACCCUUACCACCUUGUCUCAUGGGAUCCUAAAACAGACUGCUGUACCUGGUACUGCGUCCAUUGUCAUGACACCACCCACCGGAUCGACCAGCUAAAUAUAUUCUCCGGCGAUAUCAACGGCCAAAUCCCGCCGGAAGUCGGUGACCUUCCCUUCCUCGAUUAUCUAGUCUUCCGCAAACUCACAAACCUCACCGGCACUAUACCACCCACCAUAGCCAAACUCAAGAACCUCGUCUCCCUCACCCUCAGCUGGACAGACCUCUCUGGCCCAGUUCCAGGCUUUCUCAGCCAGCUCAAGAACCUAGACUACUUGGAUCUUUCCUUUAACAAACUCUCCGGCACCAUACCUAGCUCCUUCUCUUCCUUCCCCAAGCUUCGCACUCUUCACUUGGACAGAAACAAGCUUACCGGGUCGAUACCGGAGUCUUUCGGAUCCUUUCGCGGGGAAGUACCCGACUUGUUCUUGUCCCACAACCAGCUCGCUGGUAAGCUUCCAGUCUCGCUAGGGAAAAUGCAGUUUAGAACUAUUGAUUUGUCGUGGAACAGGCUUCAGGGUGACGCGUCCAUGUUGUUUAACACGCAAACCAUGGUGAUUAUUCUGUCGAGGAACUCUUUUGAGUUUGAUCUUUCGAAAGUGAAGUUACCCAGAAGCUUGGUGUGGCUGGAUCUGAGCCACAACAGAAUCAGAGGUAGCUUACCGGCAGGGUUGGCCCGGCUUCAGUUGCAGUUCCUGAACGUAAGCUAUAACUUUCUGUGUGGGAAGAUCCCGGACGGCGAAGAGCUGGGGAGGUUCGAUUCGUCGUCUUACUUUCAUAACCGGUGCCUGUGCGGUGCCCCUCUGCAACCAUGCAAGCUGAAGUAAUUAGUGGAAUGAAUUUACGUUAAUUAAGAAGUGGUUAGGCUGGUUUAGUCGAUUAGUACGAGGCUUAGUGCUUUGUUUAAUUAUGGUAAUGUCUGCUUCUAGUGUUGGUUUAAUUUGAAUGGGACAAGCUUUGUGAUCAGAGUGAUUGCAGAGAAUAAAUUCGAGAAUGUACGUAUCACCAGUUCUGCAAAGAAUCAAUAUGAGAUGUCACACCUCUAUUUUCAAGAAUCAAAUUGUACGAA